CGUCGGGGACGUCCAAGUGGGAAACGGAACCCGCCACCGAGAGGCAGCCGCGGAACAACGAUAUGGUGGCAAUUGAUCCUUCAGGACAGUGAGCAAGUAGAUGGGACGGAAACCCGGGGGAUGCAGCAUUUCGACAGUAUGCGUGUGCAGUUUUCCAGACUGAAGUGAAAAGGAAUGAACAAGAAAAGCAAUUCCGCAUUCCAGUCAUCAGCAUGUGCUGUCUGUGCUGUGGAUGUGAUUCGGCUAACGGAUCAUGGCCCGUGCGCCCUAUACUAGCGCGUGUGCACGUGAUUGCCCGCCAAUCACCACGCCCGGAAUCACUCACCAGUCUGCUGCCCAUUACCCCAUCAUCCUUCACUUGUGUACCAACGCCGUUGACUGAUGUGCUGCUGCCCUCGUCUAUCAACGGCCAAGUCCAGUAUUGACCACAGAAGAGAUGUCAGCGGUUCGCAAAAACCGCAAACGCCCGGUGGCCGCGUUGAGUGAUGGUGACCAAGAUUCCGACGACUCCCAAACAUCAGCUGGAAGCAAACGAUCGCGUCGCGACGCGCCAGAAGAGGUCCAUGACUCCCACAUACCUGGAUCGCUGGUUCGGGUCAAACUCACCAAUUUUGUCACGUACACUGCCGCCGAGUUCAACUUGGGCCCAAGUUUGAACAUGAUCAUUGGUCCCAAUGGCACAGGUAAGAGCACGCUUGUCUGUGCCAUUUGCCUAGGUCUAGGAUGGUCUCCUCAGAACCUCGGUAGGGCCAAAGACAUUGGCGAAUUCGUGAAACAUGGUCAGUCCGACGCUGAAAUCGAAAUCGAACUCGCUGCCGCACCGGGCGAUUCAUCGAACCCCAUUGUCCGCCGUUUGAUUCGAAAAGAGGGCAACAAAUCCAUGUUCUUCAUUCACAAACGCCCCGUGCCACAAAAAGAGGUGGUUGCGUUGGCAAGAUCCUUCUCCAUCCAAAUCGACAAUCUAUGUCAGUUUCUGCCCCAAGAUCGUGUGGUCGAGUUCGCGAGGCUGGAUCCCAUCGCGCUGCUGAGAGAAACACAACGCGCUGCGGCGCCAGCGAAGAUGGUGGAGUGGCACGAUCAGCUCAAACAGCUUCGAACGAACGAGAAAAGCCUUGAGGCGGAAAACCAGGACAAAGCAGAGACUUUGAAGAGGUUACAAAUCAAGCAGAAUGCUACACGGGAAGACGUUGAGCGGUGGAACGAGCGCGUGGAAUUGACCGAAAAGUCGCAGAUGCUUGAAAAAUGUCGUCCCAUCAUUGCUGCCAAACUACUCCAGGAUGAGCUCCGACAGAUAAAGGCUGAGCUAGUUACCCACAAAAAUGAAUUGCGAAAUUAUGAAGCCGAGGUGGAGCCACUUCAGCGAAGCCAAGAGGAGACGGAGCAAUAUCGCGAUAGGGUCGCUGAAGUUGCAAAUUCUCGAAAGCAACGCUUCGAAGCUGGACAGGGUGCUGUGAAGUCAUUUGCAACGAAGAUUGAUGCUCAACACCAGGUUAUGGAGGCGGUCGCAACCGAGAUUGAGGGCGAAAAACAAAUAGACAAGCAGCGCAAUCAGGAUUUCAAGCGCGUUGAAAUGGAAAUUAGAACCCUCCAGACCACAUUGGAUGAUGGAACCCCCGAAUACGACGCCUCUGGAUUCGAAUCUCGACAAAAGGACAUCCGCACAAGAAAGUCUGCGCUCGAUCGUCGCCAGGUUGAGCUUGUCGAUAACUUGAAACGCCUUCGCCCACAAGUAGAAGCUAACAAGCAGUCGCAAACGGAGAAAAUCGCUGCGCGAAAACAGUUGGACACGCAAAUGGGCAAAAAAGGAGAAAUUCUGAGGAAGAUGAACGAGCAGAUGUUUAGAGCAUGGAAUUGGCUGGAGCAGAACAAGGCCAGCUUACAGUUGCACGACGACGUCUAUGCCCCACCGAUACUCUGUUGCUCGAUCCCCGAUCCCGACUAUGCCAGCGCUGUGGAGAGUCAGCUUCGUCCACCCGAUCUUUUUGCCAUCACUUGUACAAAUCCACAUGAUGCCAAAAUAGUUCAGAAUAAACUCGUUGGUACCCGAGAAAAUGGUGGUCUAGAGCUGCAUAAAAUCACGAUUCGCACAGUGCCAAAUGUACGGCCGGCUCCCCCCGUUAGCCGGGAGGAACUGCAUCGCCUCGGAUUCCAUAGCUGGAUCAUUGACCAUAUAGUUGGUCCUGAUCCGGUGCUUAACAUGCUCUGCAACGAUGCCAAACUUCAUGCAUCAGCCUUCGCACCUCGCACGCUUUCACCAGCACAGUUCGCUGCGGUACAGCAGAGUAGAAUUCGCAAAUGGGUUAGCGGAAACGAAGUGUGUCAGAUUAGCACUCGAAAAGAAUAUGGCAUAUCUUCUACCAAUAUCCUCCAAAUUAAACCCGCGAAAUAUUUCACCGGUCAGUCUGUCGAUACAGAGGAGAAAGACAAGCUCGAUGCCGAAAUCCUAGGACUGAAACAUGAACUGGAAUUAUUGAAGGAGCAGCAUCAGGAGUAUUCCGCCCAGCACAAAGACAUUACGGAUGCCAUUGCCCAAGCCGACGCUGAGAAGGCUGAAGUUCAAUCUGAACAGGAACAGAUUGCAAACCGACUGGCCAAUUGGCAAGCUAUUCCCAGGAAAAUAGAAGGCAAGGAAGCCAAGUUAGAGACCCUGAAGAAUGCCAUGGCAGAGUCACAUAACCUUAUCUCGUCCAAGCAGACCAAAUGGGAACAGGCGUCGAUCAAGGCGGCCCAGUUCACUCUUCAAUACGCGAAGCAAGUCAUACAACUUCGCAGUCAGUACGAGGAUUUCCUGGAAGCGGAGAUCCGUCUCAUUGAAGCCAACUCGGAGAUUGAUGGGUAUAAGUCUGACAAUCAUACCAUUCGAGCAACACUUUCAAUGAUGCGCGGCGAAGUGGAGCGCUUAGAUGCGUUGAAAAGACACACCACAGCAAAAGCCAAGGAACAGUUGGGAAUAGCCAAUCGUAUCAUCCAAGAUGUUUCAGCAGCGGACCAAGAGGCAAUGCACCAGUAUAGCAAUCUUCCUUCUGCGGAUGCAUUGGACGAGGAAAUCAGCAGAGUCAUGUCUCGCCUGGAGUUAAUGUCAGCAGGCAACCCAAACGCAGUGAAGGCUUUCGAAAAGCGAGAAGAGGACAUUAAAUCCGUUGAAGAGGCACUCGAGAACAGCACGCAGCAACUGCAAGCCACCCGCGAUAUGAUCCAGGAGAUCCGAGGGAAAUGGGAGCCUCGACUGGAUGCCCUCGCCAACAUGAUCAGCAACGGCUUCGCGCACAAUCUCCAUCAAAUUGGCUGCGCAGGCCAAGUCAGCGUGUACAAAGAUGAAGAUUUCGGAAAGUGGGCUAUCCAGAUCCAAGUCCGUUUCCGCGAGAACGAAUCCCUCUCAAUCCUUGACUCGCACCGCCAAUCCGGCGGCGAGCGCGCCGUCUCCACAAUCUUCUACCUCAUGGCGCUCCAAGAUCUCGCCCGCUCCCCCUUCCGCGUCGUCGACGAGAUCAACCAGGGCAUGGACCCGCGCAACGAGCGCAUGGUGCACGAGCGCAUGGUCGACAUUGCAUGUCGCGAGCGCACGAGCCAGUACUUCCUCGUCACGCCCAAACUCCUCAACAAUCUCAAGUUCCAUCCCAAGAUGAAGGUGCACUGUAUCGCAAGUGGCGAGCAUAUGCCGGAUCAGAACACAAAUCUGGAUUUCCAGCGCUUGGCGAAGGUUGCGUUGAGGGUUAGGAAGAAUGUUGUUGCUGCGGCGUAG